GCCCGCCGUGAUAUGAUGCGGGGUCACCGUGGGACCCCGCGUUAUAUCACGGGAGCGGGACCAAGGACGUACUUGGUCCUUAAGGGGCUAAGCAUAAUAAAUGGGAAUUCCCAGGUUUGUGCAGUAGGUCUUGAGCUGUUCUACAGUGUUUUUUUUUUUUUUUUUUUAUGGCAUAUUCUGGAAACUGUUAAGACAGAGAAUGACCACAUCAACCUUAAGGUGGCAGGACAGGAUGGCUCUGUGGUCCAGUUCAAAAUCAAGCGACACACUCCUCUCAGCAAGUUAAUGAAGGCGUACUGUGACAGACAGGGUUUGUCGAUGAGACACAUACGGUUCAGGUUUGAUGGUCAGCCUAUUAAUGAAACAGACACCCCGGCACAGCUUGAGAUGGAAGAUGAGGAUACCAUUGAUGUGUUUCAACAACAGACAGGUGGCAUGUGCUAAGCCAGUUAUUUCAAAGUGGAAGGUGCCCAGUGAGCCUUCAUGCACCUAACUUCCUACAUCUGCCCUUCAUGACAAGAACAUGCUGAUCACAACAUUCUGGAAAUAUUAGCAGACUGUGGAAACAUUUGAUUUAAUUUUUUUUCCUUUGCCCUACAUACAAGUCGUGGAAGUUUUGUUGUAAAGAGGGCCAAUAUCAACAAUUACUUUACUAAAGUGGUUUUGUUUUCUUGUAUUUUACUAUAUUGUGUGGCACUGUUAAUUUUUUUUUUUACAGCAAACUUUAUUUUUUUUCAUUUUGUCAUGUAAAUAGUUGAACAAGUUCCCUGCUAGAGUGUAACUGACAUUUAUGCCAGGACAUUCAUGGUUUGUUCGGUUCUAAAUUGCUCUACCCCCCCCCCCCCCCCCCCCCCCCCAAAGCCACAUUUGAAAUCAAGUUAGUUUAGAAGUAGGGAAUCUCUAUGGGGGGAGGGACAUGAUUUUAUUUACUACUGUGCUACAAACCUCAACAAUACCAUGCUUAUGCUGUUUUACAAAUAGUUGAGAUUUUGGGUACUGUAUCUGACAUGUCUGUGGGUAACCAUAAAACAAAUUUCACUAGAUUACCAUACUGUCAUUGUCUGAAGGAUGGUUAAUACUGGGUCUCUAUUGAUGUCAUUAACUGGCUUUUUCCUAUGUAGAUUCCACCUGGUUCCUUUAGCGCAGCAAGUAAGCUAAACCUUCAGAUAUCCAUUCCUUUUAAAAUCAACAUGCUGCUAAAGAAAACCAGUAUGCCAGCAAAGCUGUCUUUUUUUUUGGAGGCAAUGACCUGUUCAGUGCAAGAAAUCUGAGAUCAGAUUCUUGGUCAGUUGUAGCAUAGAUUGCAAAGAAAAUGAAGAGUCUAAUAGCCCACUUUUAAAUCUGUUCUUAGUGCUUCAUGUUUAGAAUGUUGUUUCAAUACUGCUGCCAUUUUCUUAACUAAAGUGGUACUUUGCAAUGAAAACUUGCAGGACAUUAAUGUCUUUCUCCAGAAACGUUGGAAAUUCCCAUAUUUCAGAUGUACUAGUAGUCAGUACAAAGAACUUGAUGCCAGCUGAGUAAUAAAAAGAAAUACUCUUCCAUGUAAUAAAGUUCUUGUUUGUAACUCAUUAGUCUCCUACAAUGUGGCCUCUGGUUUCUUUUAAUCCUUAUCUGAUGGAUAAAUGUAUUAUUUCAAUUACAAAAUAAAGAAAACUUUAAGUCAACAA